GCUGUUCAGCCGCUUGUCCUAGACAAGCCUGCAGACUGCUUCAAUUGCGUGUCUAGCCCAAUGAACAGGCCAGCCCCAACAGUCGCCAUUACUCUCGCAUAGCAUAGCAUAGGUAGCCAUGCGCCGCUCUGCCCUGGUCUGCCGUCUGUGUACAAACACACGAUACAAUUCUUCAAGGCAGCUUUUGCGAAGCCUUGCCCGAAAAGAAUUAUGCCUCGGUGUCAUGACACCGAUCGACGGUGGUGAUGUUCGACGCGCUCCGCUACCGCUACCGGACCCUUACCUUUUGUUCGCUUGCUUACUUGCGACGACGCCGAUGUUACUCCAUUCUGACAAUGACAAAGACAUUAUCGUCUCACCGAUACACCGAUCCUGUACGUCACUGAUGCCUAAUUCAAUCCCCACAAGGUCCACACGGGGACCGAAGAUGCCGUGCCUCUGGCUCUGCAGCAUCCUGUUCCGACCGGCCGUUCAGCGCAGGCCCUUGACUCAGGAGAAUGCCAUAGUGGAUCUGCUCUCGCUUCCAACGCACAUGGGGGGCAUUGUCCAGUGAAAACGACUCGGCCAUGCCGUCUUUCGUACAAACACCCUGUUCGAUUCGAUGCUGCUGCUGUUAUUGCGGGGCCUAAAUAUAGCGCGUUAGCGUCGCGCAACGGCUAUCCCUACCUCGUGGCCACCACUUUUGUAUCAGAGUCAGCCGCCUCUCAUUCCUACGCCUGCAGGGA